AUGAACAAGGACAUGAAUAAUGGUAAGGAAAACAUAAACAUGGGUACGUGGAACUUAAGAGGGGUUUAUGAGGCAGGAGCACUUAAGAGCCUUAUAAGAAAGUUAAAUAAAUAUAAUAUGGACCUCGUAGCGCUGCAAGAGACGCAUCUAACUGGAAAUGAAAUAACCUUUAUGGAUAAUUUUACUUUAUUUACAAGUGGAAGCAAUAGGCGCAGAUAUGGUGUAGGUUUUCUGAUUAAGAAUAGUCUAAAAGGAGAAGUAAAAUAUUUUAAACCUAUUUCUGAUAGUGUGUCUCAUAAGGCUAAAAGGGUUAAAUGA